AGGUUUUGUAGAUUUCGUCGAAAAGAUCAACCAGAAAAUUAUCCACGAUUCCGUCGCUUGGAACCAUCGAGAGCAUUCCGUAAAUAGCGGAAGUUCCGUUUUUCGGAUUAGUUCCAUUUUUCUGCAAAGAAGGGAAACCUUGUGUAAAAAUAGUCCUUACUGUGGCUGUGUAAUAAAAGAUCACCUUGCUUGUUGCCGUUUCCAUUUGUCAACAAAAUGUACAUACCCAAACGGCGGUAAUCGAUCAAUUACUUCAACCUUACAUUACCUUGACCUGCUCGACCGACUGUUUCAGAUCCGAAACCCAUUCGUCACAGCUUUUAAUAUGGUUGGGUAAUAUUGAACAAUGAACUGAGUCCGGACCUCUUUGUGCUUCCAUUUUCCAACCUGUUAAAAUAUGCCAUUGUAUAAAACAAACCACACACGGCACAUGUCUUAUUUUUGUCAAGUAAAAUUGUAUGGUAAAGUGGGGAAAAUGUGACACCUUUUCAUUCUAUUUUCUCGUCUCAUUUAGUAGUAAACAAAGAACAUUCAAAAAUUUAUAAAACCGCAUCCUUACGACUCCCAUAGACCAUUUGUUAAUUGUUAAAAACACGAUCAGGAUAUAUUUGGAUAUCAUAUGCUAAACGUGUCCAUCUUACCCUACAGUACUGUAUAUUUACAACUACAGUAAUAUGGUACGGACAGUUUACAAGAGGCCACCGUACUAAAAUUAAGCAGACGUUGUCAAAAUUUCCAACAAUUACUCAUUGGAAGAUACCUCUAACAAAGUUAUAUGAUGCAAACAACGAUGCAAUAAAUCAUUUGGGGAAAAUGAGUACCCCUGCUGUUGAUGUCUAUAUGCAUAUUGACGCAAUGACGCAUGAAAUUACGUAAUGUUAAAAUAGAAUCCUGGUAACCCAUAAAGUUAAGCUUGCACUUGUAUGUUGUAUUUGCAAGCAUCAAUCUACAAUCUAAAAAAUAUAGUACUGUGAGGGGAGAUGGGACAACUUUAGCACAUAAUAUCAAAAUAUCCUGAUCUUUCAAACAAGUAACACCAGCCUGUGGGAGUCGCAAAGAUAAGGUUUUUAUUCUAUUAAAUGUUUUUUGUUUACUACCAAAUGGGACGGGAAAUUAUAAUGAAAAGGUGUCCCAUCUUCCCCCACCCUACUCUUAUGGAACCCUGGUAACCGACAAAGUUAACCUUGCACGUGUAUGUUGCAUUUGCAAGCUAGAAUCUAGAAAUUACAUCAAGAAAAACAAGCUACGUUUUGUAGUAUUGUUGUGUUCGUUUGCGUGUCUGCAAUAUGACGCUAUUUGUCACUUCCUAUAAAGCAGUCUUCUGAAUAAACAUGUUGUCGACGUUGGUGAGCGUGUUCUCAGUAAUUGAAUACCAAGAAUAGCGUUAAGGCUUUGGUACACGUUCCCUGCCUAAGUAUUGCGGGGAACUAGUAGUCAGGAAUGGGGUACUCGCCUAAUCCUGGUACUGUAAUUUAACUCAAGUAUAGAUGUCGUUUCAGCGAGUGAUAAACGACUUGCCAAUUAAUUUGAAUGCGGAUGUGGAUCGACAAUUCGGACAAAGCGGCGAGAGAACAAUUAACGAGUGAAUUCGCUAUAUCGCGUUGUGCGGUUUGCUGCUGGAAAAACUGCUACAGUUUCGGUUCGGGGGUUAGCCAUGUAGAAGGAAGUGCUUCGUCACAACCCGUGCUGGUGCAGUUAUGAAACAAAUUUAAGUUUUGCUUCGGAAGAGAGGGAAGUUAUAGUUAUAUAGGAACGAGGGCUCAUUAAUGAGAUCAAACAGUGUGCAGUGUGCAAGGCAAUGUACUGCAUAAUAGCUGAACAUGUUUCGUGUUUUGUCCGGUAUGCUUAACUAUCAAUGCUUAUAAGCCAAGUAUAGCUACAUGUAUUUGAAACGAAAGGAAAAGAAGCGUUUUCUGUACGAGUUUUUUUUACAAAUAUAGUUUAAAGUAUUUUUGCAUUGAAAUCAACUAUAGGGGUUUCUGUUCAGUCAUUAUGUUGCGAGUUGCAAUGUUCGUAGUUGUUUAUGUGAGUAUUUUAGUGGCGAGCAAACAUAUUCAUCAUACGAAAAACGGAGAGAAAACACAUUUGCGAACGAAAAACUCAAUUACAGGUCACAGGAACGUCCGCGUGGAUUCGGUUAUGCUGCGGCAUACAGUCGUCUGGGAUCGAUUUCCAGGGGAGAACAACUUCUCCGUAUUGUACAGGAGCAAGGGCACAUUGAAAUGGAUGCAAAUCCCCCAAAGUCGGAUGAUUGACAGCACCCACUGUGACGCAAGCCACGAGUUCCGUAACGCGCUACUCACCUACUACAUAACUGUAGUCAGCGAUAUCAACACUCAAGUGACCGAGAAAAUCCAAUUCAGACCAGAACUCGACACAACGUUGCUGCCGCCUCAAUUCAGCGCUUUUCGUCACAAAGAAGUAAUUUUCAUUCGACCGGUCGCUCCUGUUAACUUAGGAACAGGGCAAAUGCUAAUAGAAGAAAUGAGGACGCUAAAAUACCAGGUUCAUUACUACACACCAAGAAAACCUAUUUUGUCAGAAAAUAUCAGCGUUCUUAUUCACGACACACAAAUAGCUUCACCGUCUUUAGACCCUUCCCGGCAAUUCUGUUUCCGAAUCCGACUCUUCGAACCGGAUUAUGCUGCAGUACAUGCGAAGUCCGGCUUCAGUGUUUGGAGUAAUACGACUUGCUUCAAGGGCCAACACGAACCCAAAUCAGUAAAAAUCCAUGACAGGACAGCGUUGACUGGGGUGGGGGUUUCACUCGGUUGCGUCCUGUUUAUUUUCCUUCUAUUCUAUGGCACAUACCGCGGGUACAAGGUGUACAAGAGUUUGCACAAAGUAGGAGAAGUUCCAAAAAGCUUGAACGCUGUGUUGGCGGAAAUGGAAGCCAUGACCGUAGACCGUUACCAGAGUUGGACGCCAAACACAGAAAUGUACGAUGUUGUCAGUCUCAAACCUUUAAGAGCUGAAUGCAGCUAUUCUACACGAAGAACCGACGACCAAGGCGAUGUAUUCUUAUACGGAUUUGGAAAGCAGCAGGCCUCUUCUGGAAUGGUUUAUGGUGAAAACUGGACACCGCCCUCAACUGAAACAAUGGGAAGAAGAAAAAGUCGCGGAUACCACAGCGUGUCCUCCGAGAGCACAGACGGUGAACCACAGGAUGGAGGAUACGUACAUUGUGGUUUAAACCUACCAGGUCACGGAAGUUCUUUUAACCGUUGGCCUCGGCAAGUAAACGAGUAUUUGCCGGUCAAUGCAGAAGGCGGGUUUAACCAAACUAACACUCAGAGAGCGCAACAUACUCUAUAUUCUGGGAAAGAGAAUAACCAGUGUCUGGCUCCAACGAGUUUAAUGGCAGUCGCGAGGGAUUCUGGGUGUUACACACCUUCGGUAGUAUUGGAAAAAGGACUGGAUUCUGAUCAUUGUCAAGUUAAUAAUCCAACAUAUUCGUCCGAUGUCAACCGAAGCACGCCGGAUCUAUUCCAUACAGAAGAUAAGCUAUAACUGUUUGGAUCGAGUUACGGCGGGACUAUACGCUGUACAGGAUGAUAAAUUGGGGUAAUACAUCAAGUCCGUUUGGAACGCCAAGGAUGACCGAGAAAAAUUUCCCGGAAAGCGUUGAACUAGCACCUUGUUCCUUGUAAAUACCUAGUGUUUUUGGUAUGGAAUUCGAAUCGACUUUAGUGUUGUUGUGCAUAAAGAAAGACUUCGUUUACC